UCUGGGUAAGGUGCAUAGGUCUUAUUUUCGGGGAAACACGGUACCUUCUUUAGCAGGACACAGUCACGUGACUAUUCAUAAACAAAUCCUGCCAACGCUCCGCUUGACGUGGGUUUGUUUUGAUUUAUUUACAUUCCUUUUCAAGCCUGGCAAUACGUCAAAAUGUCGACUUCACAACAAAAGCGUAUCAACGAUUAUAUGAAGUUGAGAAAACGAAUUCCGGCCAAAUCUAAGGAAAAGCGGCAGAGGAAUAAAAAAGCUCCCAACACAAAACCGGAGCCAUUUGCAUCAGAUACGUCGAUCUCCGACACUCGCAAUGCUCAAACAGAAAGAGAUAUGAAGAUCCUGAGGAUGUUUGAUUUAGAUCCCUCAUUUGGACCCAGUGUAGGUAAGAGAAAAUACCUACUGAAGCUGGUGUCAAUUUUCUAUUUUCCUUAUGGAAGGGAUUCCUAUUCUAAAUAAAGAUCACACAAUGAUAGACAGUAUCAAAAUCUUUUUCCAAAAACUAGAUUUUUCUUAUUCUUAAGAUGAUACAAACAUUUUAAACCUUUAUUUGGUCAUAUGUCGCUUCAGACGAUUAAUAGAAUGUAAGUCAUGCGUCGCACUAAAAUAACUGUAAUGGGAACUGUUUUAGACUUCUUGGUAUUUGGUACAAAAUUUUAUGAUACAACAACAAUUUAAUAU